AAAGACGUCGAUUGAGAUGAAAGUACUUUUAUCAGCUGUGGUGUCCAUCAAUUUACGGUUUGAAAAAUUGAAGUGUUGAAAUGAAGUGGUGGUUUGUAUCAUUAUUGUCGGCACUGCUUGUUUUUGAGAAUCAUGCAAAAAAUUUGACCGUCUCAGUCUACUAUGAAUGUCUCUGUCCGCAUUCUGUAGAUUUCUUCAAAGAUCAGCUCUCCCCAGGUUAUAAGGUACUGAAAGAUAAGGUGAAAGUGGACUUGAUACCUUUUGGAAAAGCAAAUAUUACGAAGGAAGGUGAUAAAUAUAUUUUCACUUGUCAGCAUCAAGAAGCUGAAUGUUAUGGAAAUAAAGUGCAUGCCUGUGCUUUGAAUUUGGCUCUUGGUGACUAUGGUAUACAAUUUGCGAUGUGUGCUAUGGCAUCUCCUAAUGCUACUGAUGACAAAUAUCUGACAAAAUGUGCAGCUGAUAACUACAUUAGUUGGGAAGAAAUACAAAAAUGCAUGGAAUCAGGACAAGGUGAUCAACUGCUAGUUGAUUAUGGAAAUAGAACUCAUUCUUUGAAACCAAAAUUAACGGGCGUUCCGACAGUAACAUUUGAUAAUGAAUACAUUGAGACUCUCAACAAAAUCUCUAAAAAUAAUUUAGUGGAUAUUGUGGACUUCCUGCUUGUGGACAGCCAAUGCAAACCGAAGAAUGCAGCAUUAGGGUUACAUUCAACGACGCUUUUAUUUAUGUUCAGUUUAAUUUUGGUAAUGAAAGCGUUGUAGGAUUCAUUUUAGAUUGUAAUUCUACUCUUUUUGUUAAAUUGUAAAAUCAUGUCAAAUCCAAAUUUCAUAAUAUAUUCAAACUAUUAGGA